AGGUCCAACCAAUAACGUUGCUUCCUCACAAACCGCGGUCGAGUUCUGAUGGUUCCGACGUCAGUCACGCGCUUCAAACGGGAGAGCCUUCAGCGAACGAAACAUGCGAGUCAGUGCAUGGAACUGAACGAGAACGAUUCGUUCAUUUAAAAGAUUUGUUCAAAAACAACGAUUCGUUAAGAGCUCUAAUUGUGAUCCACAUAUUUUGGACAGUCUUGGAUACCGUUUAUGCGUUAAAAAAAAUUUAAACUGGCGUUUUCAGAAGACUACAAAGCCUCAGCAGUGGAAACUUUUUAGUCACGGAAACAUUGUUCAUCUGGGUUCCUUGUUUUGGAUCCUUUGCUCUGUCCCAGUCAAUGUAGUUUCGGUGGAUCGCGGUGCCGUUUAGGCUUGGUGUGACCAGAACCGCCUUUUUAAUAUGUUUUAAAGUAUCUGUUUUCAUAGGCUGGCAUCAUCUCGUGCGAACCUGCCAACGCCUUUCUCUCCUUGGCUCCUUUAUUCUUCAAGCUGAAGGAAAAUUACUACAACGUACAGUUUCAAAGGUUCUUAUUAAUCGUUGAAUUAAAUUUAGCAAAAUGGGUUGCACGUUAAGUGCUGAAGAUAAAGCAGCGAUGGAGAGGAGUAAGAUGAUUGAUCGGAACCUGCGAGAGGACGGAGAGAAAGCAUCUAGAGAAGUCAAACUACUGCUGCUCGGUGCCGGGGAAUCAGGGAAGAGCACAAUAGUUAAGCAAAUGAAGAUCAUUCAUGAAGAUGGCUACUCAGAUGAGGAGUGCAAACAGUAUAAAGUCGUGGUUUAUAGCAACACUAUUCAGUCCAUCAUUGCCAUUAUCAGGGCCAUGGGCCGCUUAAAGAUCGACUUUGGGGAUCCAGCAAGAGCGGACGAUGCUCGGCAGCUCUUUGUGCUCGCCGGCACUGCAGAGGAAGGAGUGAUGACCCCCGAGCUCUCUGGGGUUAUCCGUCGGCUGUGGAAGGACGAAGGAGUGCAGACGUGUUUCGUCAGAUCACGAGAGUAUCAGCUCAAUGAUUCAGCAGCCUACUAUCUGAACGAUCUGGAUAGGAUAUCCCAGCCCACCUACAUGCCCACUCAACAAGAUGUGCUGAGGACUCGAGUCAAGACCACUGGCAUUGUAGAAACACACUUCACCUUCAAAGAGCUCUACUUCAAGAUGUUUGAUGUUGGUGGCCAGCGUUCAGAACGGAAGAAAUGGAUCCAUUGUUUUGAAGGCGUCACUGCUAUUAUCUUCUGUGUGGCACUCAGCGACUAUGACCUGGUGCUGGCUGAGGAUGAAGAGAUGAACCGUAUGCAUGAAAGCAUGAAGCUUUUUGACAGCAUCUGCAAUAACAAAUGGUUCACAGACACAUCCAUCAUUCUCUUCCUCAACAAGAAGGAUCUGUUCGAGGAGAAGAUCAAAAGGAGUCCACUUACGAUAUGCUACCCAGAAUACUCUGGAACAAACACAUAUGAGGAGGCCGCAGCAUACAUCCAGUGCCAGUUUGAGGAUCUGAACCGAAGAAAGGACACAAAGGAGAUCUACACACACUUCACUUGUGCCACGGACACAAAGAACGUACAGUUUGUGUUUGAUGCGGUCACUGAUGUCAUUAUCAAGAAUAACCUCAUAGAGUGUGGCCUCUAUUGAAGCAGAAGUUAUUCGUGGAAGAUUUC